AUGGGCGCCAAUGGAAGGGACAUAAGGUUGGAGUUGGUGUCAUUGGCGGUGGUGGUUGUGACUGCCUGCUUGCUGUCUCCUAAUAGUUGGCGGCAAAACCGCUUUGUAUCUUGGCUGUUGAGCUCCAACAGCUCCUUUGAAAACAUCUAUCAGCUCCUUCCUAUUUUACAAAAGAAUUCGCGCGUUUUGUUCGUGGUUUUCAACGACCUGGCUAGCGCCAUUAACAGCGUAGCUGCUCCUCACAAUGGAGAAACGCCCCUAUCGAAGGAGUCGGUACGCUCGCUCCUUGACCAGGAAUGGGUCCAACUGAAGCUGCGUCGGGCUCAGGAUUCUGUGCUGUCUGAAUUUGGUCUGGACGCUGCUACGCUAGACAAGGCCAUCGAUCGUUUUCGCAGCGAUGACCAGGUACAAAUGUACAUCUAUGGGGUCGAGCUGAUGUACAACACCGUGCUGGAAGGCGGUUAUCCACAGUGCCCUGGAGUCGAGCGUUGCGAAGGAGUCACUAAGCAGUUUGCUCUGUCGGUCGUGGAGAAAAUUGUGGCGGCUAAGCAGCAGCCUCUGCGCAAAACUAGCGCAAAUGAAAGGUCAGCCGACUCUUUCGAGGUGGACGUCGUGUUCCGCGAAAUGCAGCGCUUCGGCUACACCACCCCGUUCGACGCCUAUAUCGCAUUCAAAAACGCAGAAAAUUGUUACUUGUACGACUUCGCAUUCGUUCAAGCGCGUCAACGUAUCUACAUGGGCAGUAAUUCCCCGUGUUCAGAGGCCGUUUCGAGCCGUGAUUCUGAUGUCCCACGUGUCACGGUAGAGGAGCUUCAACUCAUGCUGGAGACAAUGGAUGCUGACGCACCGUUUUUCCUGGUGCUCUUUGAUACCGAGCAUGUGAUUCAAGAAUUCAUUUCCUUCGUAAAGGGUUCCGCAGAAUCUGAGCCGAAGGCAGUGGUAGCGUGGAUGUGUAGCAGCGACGGCACACCUGAAUAUAGCUGUGAUCGCUAUCCCGCCGCGCUCCGUUUCCGCGGCGGCAGAGUAGAGAACUACUGUAUAUUUGUGCCUUUGGGUUCACGCUCUUUAGAAAUGACGAAUAACGUUGGUCAGAUUAAGGGUAUAAAGCACAGGGUGGUGGCCAAGAAAAAGGAUGUCGUACAGGAGAAGAGGCAACCUGUAGCCGCGGAACCAGCCAUUGAUGCCAAGACCGUAGCUGCUGCUACGUCUGUGCCGGCGGUGAAGAUACCUCCUACAGGGCCAGUUAAAGGACGUGUUAAAUCCGAAAACAAGAAGCCACAGAGUGACAAGCCUGCAGCUUCGGAGAAGGUGCCGGCUUCCCCGAGGCAACCAGCGGAGGGUCAGAAGCGCUCAGGGGGCAACAAACGUCAGCGCGAUGAUACUGUCGUGACUGAAGUGGAUCGCAAAGGUCCCGCUGCGAAGCGCCAUGCUUCUACUAAUGCGCUUAGUAAAGGGCUUGGAUCCGUGUUUUCACGGAUACUUAGCGGCCUUGAGCGGAUGACCCAGCGUGUAACUGGCGUUUCCAAUUCCUUGUUAUCGUCAAUUAUGGCCCCAUUCUCCAAUAGAACCUGA